AAGAAGCAGUUUUAGUAGUGUUGCUAAAUCCCACAACUCUUAAAUAAUCCAAUUCAUAACAAGAGGUUAGUGCCCUCUAGUGGUGAAGAUGCAUUAUCGAUUUUCAAAUGCAUAAAAAAAGUGAAAGGAUUAAUUUGUGUCAAAACAAAUAUUUGCAGAUGCCCAAACGACAAUUAAACAUCUCAGGGAGUCUAUAAAAUUGCAACUACGGUGAUCUCUUUUAUCAUAUGUUCAGAAGUUGUGGUUUUUUUAUUAUUAUUUACAUACCACUGUCAUCAUGAACUCCAGAGCAACCAAGCUGGCACUCUCAUAAAAGAAACUCAGUUGGACGGCUGAGUGUGUUUAAUUGCGGCAGAUUAUUUCCUGGCAGUCGGGGGUGUCACAGUUCAUGCAAACACAACUCCUCCCUAGCAAAUACCCCCCCAAAAUUCCUUUAGUUCAGUGUUUGACUGCGUUUCUUACUCCGAACCAGACUCAUAGAUAAUGGAUCUAUCUUGUGAGUCAGUGAGCUACACAGAGGACAGCAUGAGACCGGUCAGCAGGAAGUUUGUGGAGCUUCAUGUGCUGUUUGUACCAGCUGACCAGUGGAAUAUGAAACUCAAUAAAGUUCCAGCUGAAGCAACAGAGAGCUUUAUUUCUGCUGGCUUCAUCAGGGUUUAUCCUGAAACCACCCUGCAGACUCUGAGGGGGGAGCUGGGUGCUCUCCUCGGGAUGGAGAGGAGCGUCCAUAAAUUCUCCUUCCUGAAAUGUGUGGGCCGCAGCCUGGCGCUGGUCAAAAGUAAACAGGAGAUGGAUCUGAAAGUGAAAACAUUCGCUCCACCAUAUGCGGCGCAGCCGGAGCUGUACCUGCUGCCCACAGCAGAAGCAGACAGCAGCUUCUGCUCUCAGUCCUUCACCACGGUUUCCAGCAGCAGCUCCCCGGAGCAGCAGGUCCAACACCACCCUUCCAAGACAACGGGGACAAAGAAGCCUAUUAAAUUCCCCCACAUCCAGCAGGGUUCCCAGCAACCGGUUCCCGUCUCUAGGCUGGAAGAAGAACAUGGGGAUGAAGACGGGGGGAAAAGCUGCAGCUCCUUGGAGGAGGAGGAGGAGGAGGAGGAAGCUCCAAGCUUCAUCAGGAGAGAAGUGCCGGAGAACGGUGCAAGGAAGCCUCAGAAUCAAAGAGCUUUGCAGCUUGUUACACUGAGAAAAGCUUUAGAGAGAUGUGAAGCGGAUUCGGCGCUGGCGAUGUGGUCAUCAGAAAAGGAGGAGACAUGGCGAAAGACAAAACACCGACACAGAGACACACUUUCAGGGGAAGCUGGCUCUCUGGAAGACCAGGAUUUAGGCUUUUCGCUCACAGACAGCUGUACUAACAGCAAAGCUCCAAACAUGGAGAAGUCCAUCAGAAAUAAACCAACUAAUGGGGUGUUGGAAGGUCCAGCUGCGUUGUCACAACCUGUUCAGUGCUCAGCUUCACCCCAAAGUCCAGACUUGGCCACAAACAAAGCAGCUUCUGCUUCUCCAGCAUUUCCCACAAACAGAGAGGCAAUAAUGGAGGAAAUCAAACUGGUGAGGGAGGAGAGGAAGCAGCUGGAAUGGACAAGACAGCAGCUUCUGAGAAAGGGAAAAGACUUGUUGGCUCAGAACCGACACCGCAGGAACCAAGCACGUGACACCUGGAAAAAGAAAUACUUUGAAACCAAGAAGGCCACAGCACCCCUGGAAGAACAGCUAAAAAACUUGAGACAAGAACUGGAGAUAUUUUACAACAAAGUCCUGCAUCAGCUCCAUGCCAGAGAGAAAGCCAGACGACAGGGGAGGUCUCCCGAAAAGAAUGAGCUCAUCAUUCAGAUCAUGAGGGAAAGUUACGAGAUCGACAACCUGAGGAGGAAGGUAGAAGAUGCCGAGAUGAAGCUGAUAACAGAGAUAAAGUUGAGGAAGCAGGCAGCUGCAGAGCUUAGAGACCUGAAGGCUGAACUUACCCAAAAAAGAAACAGUCAUAUCCUUCCUGGACGGAGUGGAAAUUCAACAUGGGACAAAACACAAGCUUAAAGCAGCUUCAUCAGCAACGCCAAGAGGACACCUCCUCCUAGCCAUACCCAGCCACGGACCAAUGUGCCAAAUGUUUGCAACAGUUCGUAUGUGGUUCAGUUAUUCUCUAACUUUUAUGAACUGAAUACCACAAUUUUUGUUAUUCUUCUCGUAUUUUUUUUCCACUGCAAUAAUAAAACACCAGGGAGUCGGCUAAGUUAAUUA